AUCUAAUUUGAAAAGCUGAAGCUGGGUAAUAUGUUCUUGAAAAAGUUGAAGAACACAUUGAAAAAUCCCAGAUUACGUACUGUUACUGGACAAACAAGUAUAAGAGGUUAUUCUGUGAGACAAGAGUACGAUUCGCCGUUGGAUUAUUUGCCCAAGCAUGGAAAAAAAAGAUUUGUUAACUGGAGAGUGACAAUUGCCUUUAUAGCUAUUGGAUCAUACUUGUCUUACAGUGAGAUUCUAUUGGAUGCAUAUUCACAGUUUACAGAAACAGAAGAGCUGGAUGAACUUUUGCCAGUGCAAUUAAAGUACAGGAUGACUCAGUUGCCAAUUUAUCAGCAACUUAAUCAUCCCCGAAACCAAGUUCAAUGGUCCAAGCUUGAGACCUGGGAGGACUUUGACCACAACAUUCUAGAUAAGCAAGAAUUUACAAAGUCAAAGAAAGCAAAGCACAUUGGUGCAUUAGAAAAUUCAGUGGUAUCUCAUACAUUAGCCAAACCAGGUGGGUUUUUGAUCAAACCAGUGAUGUAUCAUAAUAAUGAAUCUAAUGAGGGAGUUACUAUAGUCCAUGCAGGACACAAAUUAUGUGGGUAUCCAAUGAUAGUUCAUGGUGGUAUUUUGGCGACUAUUUUGAACGAAACAUUCAAACGUAAUGCUGCUUUAUCGAAGGACACUAGUUCUGGAUAUAAGGAGGAUUUCAUGGUGGAGAAUUUGUCUAUAGUUUACAAAUUUCCCUCUUUUUCAAAUCAAUUUUUGAUUAUAAAAACCAAAAAAGUUGCAAUGGAAGGCGAGUCUAACCAACUUGUGAAGUUACAGAGCACCAUUGAGAGUGAAAAUGGUAAAACUUUAGUAAAAUCUGAAGCGAUUUUACGUGAUACAGAACGUGCAAGCAUUUCAAACAAAGUUAAAUUGAAGAAUAUCUUUGGCUUGUAAAUUGGUUUCUAUGGAAUGUCUUUUCCAGGAUGAGUAUUCAGUUAAUGAUAGAAAAGAGGAUAUUGUAAUCAUUGGUGGAAGCGAAGGGCGGAAGAAAAGCCUAGUAGAGCAAUAUUUGUAAUAUAAUUUAGAUAGCUAGCCCUGAAUAUUCCCGAAGAUAACGAAAAUAAGGAUUAAUAGAUAUUAGCCUCAGGUGUGUAUCUGUGAAUAUAUCUUGAAGAUACUGAAAAAAAAGUCAAUAAAAGUUAUGGUGUCAUUGCGUCCAAGGUGAAGCGAAAUUCUUGCGUCUCACACUAGUAAAAUAUUAUAUGGCCGAAAUUUUCUAUCUCAAGUUAAGAUGCCCGAUUCCCUUGCUAAACACAUCGAGGUUAUUUCAAUCAAUGACUCCAAGGAGGAAGACCAGGAGCCAGUAGUACCACAUGAGCGACAGGUGGUUGAUGACGUGAUUGCUAUUUGGAGAGAGGAUCCUUCUACCGAAUCUGCAAGUAUCUCCAAGCUUCAUGGUAUUGUAAAACAGCGGCACCCGAAUUGGUCUGUUUCUGAAAAGAGAAUUAAAACUUUGCUUAAGAAGUUCGGACUAUCCAAUAAUGCUAACC